CCUUCCCCCAAAUGUUGUCCUCGUCUCUCCCACAAGCGUGUUCCCCUGUUUAUCAUCAUCAUCUCCAGAGAUCGUUCGGGAUGAGAUAAAAACCAAAGCUUUCUCCAUCGCUAUGGCUCUCGAGCGUCACCACUUCUUCUCUCUUCUUCGCGUCUAGGCGUCUCUUUAGAGAGUCAUGGGGUUGUCCUUCUCGAACCUCAACGGCGAGCACAACGGCUCGUCGAUCGGACCCAGCCUCGGCGACAUACCGGAGAGCUGCGUCGCGUGCGUGAUCCUCCACCUGACCCCGCCGGAGAUUUGCAACCUAGCUCGCCUGAAUCGAGCGUUCCGCGGCGCUGCUUCUUCCGAUUCCGUCUGGGAGAGGAAGCUGCCGAGUAACUACAAGGAUCUUCUCGAUCUGUUACCGGUGGAGAGGUACCGGAGUUUAUCCAAGAAGGGUGUCUUCGCUUUGCUCUCUCGUCCUAUCCCUUUCGACGAUGGUAACAAGGAAGUGUGGAUUGAUAGAGUGACAGGACGGGUUUGUAUGGCGGUUUCGGCAAAAGGGAUGGCUAUUACUGGAAUUGAAGACCGCAGGUAUUGGAAUUGGAUUGAUACUGAAGAAUCAAGGUUCCAUGCUGUAGCCUACUUACAGCAGAUUUGGUGGUUUGAAGUAGAUGGGAUGGUGAGCUUCAAUCUUCCUCCUGGUACGUACUGUCUAUCCUUCAGAAUACACCUCGGAAGAUUCUCGAAAAGGCUGGGAAGACGAGUUUGCCAUUUCGAACACACGCACGGUUGGGAGAUAAAGCCUGUGAGGUUCUCACUCUCGACUUCAGACGGGCAAGAGGCGUCGUGUGAGUAUUACUUGGCCGAUAAAGAAGGAGAGCAAGCAGGUAGAGAGUCCUGGAGAGACUAUAAGGUUGGAGAGUUUGUUGUGGGUUGCUCAGAGCCAACAACGGAGGUACAAUGGUCGAUGAAACAGAUCGACUGCACCCAUUCUAAAGGCGGAAUCUGUGUGGAUUCCGUCUUUAUAAUCCCAACAGAUGUGAAGGAACGCAACAAAAGGAAAGCUGGUGUGAAGUAAUAGUUAGAAAGAAAGGAAAUGUACAUCCAACACUUUUUGUACAUACUACAUACUUUUGAAGGUGUAAAACUGUAUCGUCUUGAAUCUUUAGCUGGUUUUUGAAUUAGGUAUAGCACAUUGUGAACUUGAUCUGAGUUUUGUUUUUUUACGUAAUACUCCAUGUGAAAAUCAAAUUUGCCCUGCA